AUGGAUCCCAUUAGCAUCAUCGCGUCGGCGAUCACCAUCGGUGCAAGCGCAGCCCAACUCUCGCUUGCUCUCUUCAGCGUAGUUCAGACAAUCAAGAAUGCGCCCACAGAAAUAGCGGAGAUCGCGGAUGAGAUAUCUCUACUUGCGGGAAGUCUGCAGACCCUUGGGGAGAUUCUUGAUGCUCAUCAAGACUUGUGCAAGCCUGCAUUUUUCACCAAUACUCGCUCAAUCAUAUCACGAUACGAACGGGUCGCUGCGGAGAUUCGGCUACUAAUUGAUAAGAGACGAAGCCUGGUCGGGCUCAAGUGGCCGCUGAAAAAGCCCAAAGCCAAAGGUCUUUUGAAGAAGGUCGAGGGAAUCAAGACUGCAUUGAUUCUGGAGUUGAACGUUAUUCGCCUCGCCAGAGAAGAGGCUAAUCGGCCGCACGUUGUAGAGAGUGCACAACAGGAAGACGAAAAGCUCGAGGCGGCCACGCAACCUUCCUCCUCGGCUGAACUAGCCCUAUGGAAGAGUGGCUCCUCUGACACUGCGCCCUGGCUCUAUCAACUGGUUUUCAGCUCUGGCGACACAAGUCCACCGCCACCAUACCUACAAACACGUCAACUCCACCAAGCAUCCGUUGUUGAUGAAAGCGCCGAAACGGCCACUAGAAACAGUCAUGCAUCAUCUCCAGAGCCCGUCGCAGUACCCAAGAGACGACCUUCAAGUCCAGAUGAAAAGGCCAUGAUCUUGUGGAGUAGGCAAACGGAACCUGAUCUGGUUGUAGACAGACUACUCUCCUCAUGGACCACGCUCUCGCCGAAUCAAAUUAGUCUCAGCUCAACUCGUCAACACGGUGUCGAGGGCGUUGUGGAGGACGAUGCCUGGAGGGAGGAUAUUCUCAGAAUGGUAGAGGAAGCAAAGAAGGACGACAACCUAUCUUUUGACGAAUGGGAAGAGCAGAAUGAGCCUGUCGGGUCCGACGACGAGGCAUUCCAGAGUGCCGAAGAAGACAGUAUGGUCGACACUAAUGCACCGCCGUACAACUUUCGCAGUAACACCCAAAAAGCCCGCAUAAGGAGUGCAAAGAGCUCUAACCGUACUGAUCCACGGGCUCAUACAUACGAACCAUCACCAACCUACGGCGAUCCCCCGUCACCCAGACGUAAGGCUCGCGAAGUACAUGUGACAUUUGGAAAAACGUCAACCGGCCAUCCACAUCAACAUGUAUCUAAGCAAAGGAAACACGGUGUGAAGCCACUACCUACAGAGGCUGAAACCAGACAGCGUCCUUCCAAAGUCUACACGAUUCAUAGUGGUGAUGAUGAGGAUGAUGAUGGAGUUUUCGACAGACCCUACCGUGACAGGGUCAACAUUCGCGAUCCCAGGAACAAGUCCAAAUCAGGUCAUCAGCCAGCCGUUGAAUCCCCUCCGCCGUCUCCUGCCCAAGCUCAAGCUCCACCGAUGCCUCUUCCUCCACCCCCACCGCCUGCUCCACCCGUGGAGAUGCAGACAAGAACGGCCGAGGAUGAGGCCAGAGAAACCGCUGUUCUCGCUCGGGUAGAGACACUACUUCAGAAGCGCAAUCAAGAACCCCGAAUUGAGUACGAGGACUCACCGUUUUCGAAACUGGCGAAGAUAUUCAAGGAACAAGAAGUCCAAAACGAACGAGAACGAGCCAAUGCAACAGCUGAGGUGUACAUGAAGCAGAUGCAGGAUGCCCAUGAAAAGGACGAGGAGAAAAUGAAGCAACUCGAAAGUCUCGUAGCAGCUCAAAGGGCAGAGCAAAAGCGCAUGGAAAUUAUGUGGGAGGAGGAAAGGAAGACUAUGGAAGCAAGAGCAGCUGAACAAGCUCAACAAGUGAGGAAUUUGGCAGCGAAAGAGAUUGCGGUGGCACAGUUGGCCAAAGAAACAGCUCAAACAGCUCUCAAUGUUGAGAGACUGGAAGCCGAGAAGGAGGCACGGAGAAAAGCCGACGCCAUGGUCAUAGCGGAAAGACAACGAACCGACGAAGUGCACAGGUCGCAAUUGCAGCGCUACGAAGAGCUACUUCAUGGGAUACAAGAGCGGCAAUUGAGCUCAGAGCAAGACAACGAUCAGACCAUAAGACGGACUCGCAUAGCGGAAGGCAAUCGCAGCGUGGAUGUAACAGAGUAUGCGACAAGCAGACGACCCCCGCUUACGGCAUCUUCUUCCAACCCAUUCUUGGAGAGUUUCGCCCGCCUGGACAUGAGACCGAGCUAUCGAGAUCGUCCUCAGAAAACUUCUCGUCGUGACAGCUUUCGCAGCUCCAUGGGCUCAAUGCAUGCUUCGCGUACUUCGUUAGGAAGUACAGCCACAUUGGAAACUAACUCACCGUCCCAGCAGAUGAUCGUCUUCCCUGUUAAAGCCGACAGACGCUCUCAAAGGAUGGACAGGCUGCAAAAGUCGCUGGCUGGUUUUGGGAUUGAAUCUGUCUUUGAAGACGCCGAAGACGAACCGUUUCAAACCAGUCGACUCAUACAAUAUGAUUACGACAACACGGAUGACCAGAUUGUUAGGAGUAAAGGUCAGACUCACUAUCUAGGGAGCCAACCGAUACAUACCUACUUCUUUGACCCAGACUACGAACCGCAGUUUUGCCCAUCUGAGACAGCAUCAGGCAAAGAAUCGAUCACUAUUCAGAAAGCCCUUGUGGAAGAGUAUGCGCUGACCGAGCUCGGCUUCCAAUUUCAGACCAACGAUAUGGGUUUAUAUAUUCUCGACGGUAGAUUAACAUAUAACGACAUCGAGACACUUAUUGAACGAUCGUUCCUCAUGAGAGAAAACAACUAUCGGCGCCUUCACCGUCAGCUACAAUGGCAUUUCGACAAGGAUCCCGAAGUACCCUUGAGUGCCUACCCGGCAACGUAUGCGCCAUCAGUGCACUCUGCACCGUCCGUGUACUCGGGCGAGAACUCCACUGUCUGCGACGACAUAGAUGCAGAGACGCGAGGCAAGAAGAGCCCCAGUUCGGCAGGCUCCGAUGCCGAUCAGUCUGAUAUUGGCGAUGUCAGCAAAUUCCUUGUUCCUCGAUCUGAAGCAUCAAGAAGGUCAGCAGCGCCGUCUUCUGCGGCUUCACGGACUUCGAAAUCCACCAAUCCGUAUCGGAAGUACAUGAAUGCGGGGGAGGAUAGUGGGGUCGAUAGUGUGUCUAGGUCAUCUCGUUCUCCAAGUCAUUUUGAUUGA